AUGGGAAGCCGGUGUCAGGAAGUUUAUGUAGCCGUAGGAACAGACGUCUUAGAAGGCGCCUAUACUCUCCAGUGGACUCUCCACAACAAACCAGCUGACUCUCUAAUUUUACUCCAUGUUCAGCUUCCGAUUACAACCAUUCCAUCGCCCGUUGGGAAUAUCCCUGUUAACCGAGUAUCUAUUAGUAUGGUGAACGAGCACAAGGAGGGUGAAGAGAAAAAGUUAAAGGAUUGUAUGGAACUUUACAAGCAAUUUUGCUCCCGAUCCAAGGUAGAAGCAAGGCCUUUGAUAGUUGAGAGGGCUGAUGUUUCCAGGGGAAUUGUCGAAAUGGUUUUAGAGCUGGGCAUCAGGAAGCUUAUCAUGGGCACAUCGUUACCAGGCAGUGCAAAAUCCAAGAAAAAGAUGCAAGUAACAGGCAAAGCAGGUUACGUCCUAAGUCACGCGAUCAACUCUUGCGAAAUAUCGAUCGUUUGUAAAGGAACACUUGUAGCAGCAAGGGAAGGAUCUGUAACGGAUAAUGAGGAUUUUGCUCGAUCGUUUUCAUUGCAGCCAAAGCUUCAACCAGAUUUGGCCACCUCCGUUAAAACUCCGGGGAAUCUUUCAGCUGCGGGAGAAGAGAACCAGUCUCGUUUCGAAGCAUCGAUGGAUAUAACGCCUGUGAUUAGUGAACUCUUUUCUAGUAUACAAGUGGAAGAAAAUCGACAAAUUGAUGGAGAUGAAACUCAUAACAAUGUCCAACUCAGGGAGGCGUUGGAAGUGGCGGAGAAUAUAAGGAGAGAAAUGCACAGAGAGACCGUAAGGCGUCAGAAUUCAGAGAGAGAAGUAGAAAAAGAGACCGUUAGACGUAAGAAUGCAGAGAGAGAACUCAAAAAGGAGAUCGUAAGACGUAAGAAUGCAGAGAGAGAAGUGGAAAAAGAGACGUUAAGAGCCAGUGAAACUGGCCUAGAGGACGCGAAAUCGGUCUCAAAAAUGAAAGAAGAGAAUUGCCAAGAGUUAACGAGGCGGCUAAAAGAAGUGGAAGAGGAACUUCAAGCAAUGAUCGACAAGGGGAUUUCACUGGCCACAGAAGUUGCGGAAUUCUCACAUGAACAUGAUCAAGCUGUCCAGGAGCUCGAAGCCGCAGAACAGAAGCUCAUGGUGGUGGAGAUGCAAAAUUACCACAUUUUGAAAGAAAAGGAGGAAGAAAUUAAACAGCUUCAAGAGCUGUUGCAUUCUACGUCUCGCCUCGAAACCCCCUCUUCCUCCUCAAAUAACCUUGAAUUCCGUGAAUAUUCAUUGGAAGACAUUAAAGCCGCUACUGGGAACUUCUGCAACCAUACCAAACUUGGAGGCGGCGGCUACGGAACCGUUUACAAAGGCCAAAUUGGACAAGCAACGGUUGCCGUGAAAAUGGUCUGUAAGGACAGUUUGCAGGGCCGCCAGGAGUUCCAACGUGAGAUCGAUAUUUUAAGAGACAUUCGGCAUCCCAAUUUGGUGACAGUCGUAGGAGCGUGUUUCGAGCAUGGUUGUAUACUUUAUGAAUAUAUGACUAACGGAAGCCAAGCUGAUCGUCUGAGCUGCAAAGACGCCACUCCGCCGCUACCCUGGCACACCAGAAUUCGCAUUGGUGCGGAAAUUUGCUCCGGUUUACAAUACUUACACAGUUUAAAGCCAGAUCCAAUAGUCCACCACGAUCUGAAGCCCGAAAAUAUACUCCUCGACAAGAAUCAUGUAGGCAAAAUCGGCGACUUCGCCCAAGCUCGUCGUCUAUCACGAGAUGUGCAGAAAGAAUCAGAGCUAAAAGGCACAUAUUUGUAUAUGGAUCCUGAAUACCAGAGUAACGGCGAGUACACUACCAAAUCCGAGGUUUACAGCUUCGGAAUGAUUUUACUUCAGCUUCUCACGGGGAAAGCGGAGUUAGGACUGGUAAAGGAGGUUGAAAGUGCGCUAGAAAAUUCAAAAUUGGAUGAGGUUUUGGAUCCUUCAGCCGGUGAAUGGCCAUUCCCGCUGGCUACUCAACUGGCUUAUCUUGCUUUACAUUGCACGGAAGCAGUAAGAAAGAAUAGACCGGACAUUCAGCCAAGUGUGAUGCAAAUGCUGGAUAAACUUCGACAUUUUACAGUCGUUCCCCCUGAGAUCAGCAGAACUGGCAACGCUGAAGAAACACAUGUUCCGGGCUUCUUCUUCUGUCCAAUAUCAAUGACUAUUAUGCGAGAUCCUUGUGUUGCCGCAGACGGCUUCACAUACGAAAGGGAGGCAAUUAAAGAGUGGAUCGAUCGUGGAAACAGCACAUCGCCCAUGACAAAUAAAAAGCUUGAGCAAAAGGAUCUGAUCGCUAACCAUUCUUUGAGAUCAGCCAUUCGACAUUGGCAAGAAAGAGGAAAUCUCCUGGUUAGAGGGUUUGAAGGAGAAGCAUUUAAAUUGUUGAAGUUUGUUCUUGAUCGCUUUGUGCUAAUUGAAUUUUGCAAGCAACUUUCUCAUAUUGACAAGAAAACUUUGGCUAGACAAGAUUCAGGCAUCUCUUUCCUGGUUGAGUUGGGUUACCAUAUUUGUCAUUCUGUCUCAGAUGCCUUGAACUUGGAAGUUGAUUUCAAGAAGCUGAAUCUUCAACACUAUGUUACUCGACCAAAUUUUGAUAGCAAAGGUUAUUCUCAUGCACAUUUAUCUCUUAAAGAUAAUUUCACACAUGUUUCAAAGCUUGAAGAAUUUUGGGAGGAUUGUGGAGAUGAAUUUGAAGUUAGACGAAGAACAUUCUCUAGAUUCAUGGUAGAACAAAUUAUUUCUUUCCAGCUCAAAAUGAAUAUAAUAGGAAUUAUGGAUGAGGGAGAAUAUUUGAUUGACCCACAAUAUGCAGAAAAAGUACAGGGCUCUCCAAUCCCUGAGAUAAAGUGGGAUAAGAAAGCAGAAGACCAGAUUUAG